AUGUCGUUCAACCUUUUCUCUACCCCACAGCAACAGCCGCAGCAGCAGCAGCAGCAGACUCCUCAGUCGCUGUUUCCGUCUCAGCAGCAACCGAUGUUUCAGCCUCAGCCUCAGAGCAACUCCUUCUUCUCGCCGCAACCGCAGCAGCAAGCUCCGUCGUUUCAGCCGCAACAAUUCCAGCUGCAGCAGCAACAGCAACAACAACAACAACAGAAUCAGCAGCUGCAACAGCAAGUACAGCAGCUGUAUCUGUUCACGAACGAUAAAGCGCCGGCGAGUUACAGUACUAAAUGGGCCGAUCUUCAUCCCGAUUCUCAGAAACUCCUUCUUCAGAUUGAAGAGAAGAUAUUGGAAUACAGAAGUGAAAGUCAGAGGUUAGAUCAAUGCAGUCGACUCUAUGAUUCUUCUGUAUCCAGUGAAGGGUUCGAGUUUGAUGCAAGCCGAAUUGUGCAGGAGCUUGGUGGGAUUAACACAACCAUGGAUAGACAGAAAGCUGUUCUUCAUGAGCUUAUGGUGGGUGCUAAAGAUAUGCUGCGUAAUGCUGAGAUUGCGGUUAGAUCUUUCAUGAUGCUACAGCCAAGAUUCCCUCAUUCAAAACCAGGAGGAGCUCUUAGUGGCGGUGGUGGUGGUGGUUCUCAGUCAUCUCAACCUCAGGGAGCAAAUCAGGCUCAAGCUUCCUCUGGUCAACAACAAGCAGUUGCUUCCAUGGCUCAAGUUUCUGACUUUUACCGUGGGGUACCAAAGAAACCCACAGUGUUUCUGCAGCAGACUGUUGCGAGGUUUGAGAAGUAUCUCGGCGAGUGUAGACAAUUGGUUGAAGAGCUGGAGCAGUUGCUUGCCAUGGAUUCUGACAAGUACAGUCGAAACGCUUCCCUUUUGGAAUCUCUUCCAAAAGUCAUGUCUAAUGUGCAUGACUUCUUUGUCCAUGUGGCUGCUAAGGUAGAGAACAUUCAUCAAUACAUUGAAUCGAUGAGAACAGCGUAUCUUGCUGACCAGAGACGGAGAGGAGAAUACAACGAUCCUUUUCUUGAAGCUGAUCGAAGAGAAACAGCAAAACAGGAAGCUGCUGCUAAAAGGGUCCAUCCGACUCUUCAUCUACCUGCUGGUACCACUACAGGUACACAACAAACCUCAAGCCAAGUUGCUGGGUUGAUUACAAGCUCAGCGACUCAACAAACGUCUGGAGCUGCUCAAACACCAAACCCUUCUUCAGGAGCUGGCUUUUCGUUUCUUAACACACCUGCUUCUGCACCUUCGUCUUCUCUCUUUGCUACACCAGCUUCUGCUGCUCCCACCUCGUCUUUGUUUGGACAAUCCACUACUCCCGUGCAGCAAUCACUCUUUGGCUCUUCUACACCGGCUUCUACGUUUGGUUCUGCUCCAUCUUUGUUUGGCCAGACAACUCCAUCAGUUGGUGCUACGCCUUCACAGUUUGCUGGUAUUACACCCGGUUCAGGAGCCAGCUUCGGUUCUAUGAAUAAAUCUUCAAGGCCAAAAUCAAGAACUGCACGCCGUUAG